AUGAGAAUAGCAAGGGAUCAACUUGAGAAGAAUCUCAGUGAAGAUAAUGAUACUUGGGAUAUAGUUAAGGCUGUUUUUGAUAAAAGAUGGAAGAAUAACUUUAAUCAUCCGCUACAUUGUGCCGUUUAUUAUUUAAAUCCUUCCAUAUUCUAUAAGAUUCCAGCUCAAGUGAUGGAUAAUGAUACAAAGUACAUAGAAAUCAAAAGGGAACUUCAUGCAGCUAUGGAAAGGCUUAUAACCAAUGAAGAUGAACUUGAGCUAGCAACAACUGAAUUGAGACGAUAUAGUGAUGCUUAUGAUGAUUGGUGGAUUAUAUAUGGAGGAAUCGAUGUUCCAAACCUACAAAAAUUUGCAAUCAGGAUAUUGAGUCUUACUUCGUCUGCUUCCCCAUGUGAGCGAAACUGGAGCACAUUUCAAAAUUUGCACUCUAAGAAGCGGAAUCGCAUAAAACAACAGAAAUCGAAUGAUAGUGUCUUUAUCCAAUAUAACAAGAAAUUGCAGCGUCGUUAUAAAGAAAUUUCAGAAUAUAACGAUGAUGAGAAAGCUCGUGAUCCUAUUUUUCUUGAUGACCAUGAUGAAAAUGAUGAAUGGUUGGAUCCACAGAACUUGGAAGACUUGGUUGUAGAAGGUGAUAAUGUAACUAUAGAUGAUCUGCAAGAUAUUCUUGGUGAAGAAAGUCGGCCAGUUGGUAGUAUAGACACUGAUUAUAGACUACUUGAUGGAGCUAAUGGAGUUACUGAAGAUGAUGAUAUCUAUAGUGGCGCGUAUGAUUUUGAAUAA